AUGCUUGAAAGAAUUCCCGAGGAUGGCGGCCAAGGCGCCGAGCGUGAGGGCCGCGCCGGGCUCCGAGGUGGGGCUCCGCGGCGCGGGGCGCGCUCUGCGGGUCGCAGGUGGUCGAGGGGAGCCUCCUCGUGGCCGAGGCUCGCAGGUGGCCAGGGGGAGCAGCCCUCGCCCCCUGCGUUGGCACCUCCCUCUCGGCAGCACGAGGGCUGCACCUGCUUGGAACUUCCAGGGGCCCCAUGGCCUCUGGGGAUCUCGGAGGAGCUCUCGAGCAGGUCGCUGGGCGGCGCCUGCCUUCGCACUGCUAUCGCGAGUCAGGAGCACGCCUGA